GAGGCUGCGUGCGAGAUGAAGAGCGUAAGGCAGAGAAGGACCGAGAUUCAAACUCCAAAUCUAACGAGGAACUCUCAGAGCCACGAGAGUGGCCGCGCGAUACGGCACGGGUGUUUGAAAACAGCCGAUAACAGUGUGCAUCGCGCCAUGUGUACCGAGAAAAGUGCGAAUUUCCUGUGGCUCCUUUGUUCCAUAUCGCUCUUCUGUGGAUUUGUUCUUCCAUACGGACGCUGCCAGAACGCAGGUCCACGGGAACAGGCGGAUAGCAGGGAUGAUGCGAGGAAAAUAGGCGAUCUGCGCGACGAACUGCAGGCUGACGAUGCGGAUCAGUCGUAUGUCUGGGAUGCGUCUCUCGAGGGUAAAAAGGCGCUCGAUGAGGACGGGAGCUCCCUCUCGUCUCGAAACGCGGCAGAGGUGCCGGAGACGGAAGCGGAAACAGCGCCUCGGGCUGACGGAAAUAGGGACAAGGUCCUCGUUCCACCAGAAGAUGCUUCCAACUCCUCGCUUCGGCAGGGUUUGAAUGUCACAGCAUCAACGUCUAUCACCCGUCGAAAGGGGGAUAUCAACGACAGAUCCCGUAAGAAACGGCGUAGAAACAAAGAUUCGAAGAACUCCGACGUGGAUCGACAGCGUGAGAACACGCAGGAGGUGUACGAGAACGAGAUCAGGGGGAAACGAGGUGGUCAAACGAAAAAAUCGAAGGAUACCGUUGCGAGGAGGUAUCGCGUCGAGCGUCGGAGGAGGAGAAAAAAUCGCGAACGAAAGCGUGGAAGGAAGAGGUCCAAGCAGAACGGAGAGAAAAACGAGGCGCGUAGGACGUCCAAGUUCAAAAGAAGAAUGAACGAUGUGCCCGCCGCGCUACUGCUCGGCAAGAUCGAUGGUCACGUGGCGGAGGACAAUGUUUCUGGCUACGACUCCUCGAACGUGACCGGGAGAGGUAACCAGAAUCUCUCGAACGGUUCUGACGUUACCUCGCCGUUCAAUCUUCAGGACCAAUUAACUACCGAGGCCACGAAACGGUCCACGCACACCACAUCGCGUUACAAGAUGUACGAAGACACCGUCGAAAGGGAAUUCUCGAAGCAGCUUGAAAAAGAGAUCUCGCGGACGCAGAUGGAAGACCCUGCCAGUUUGGAGAACCGUAUCCUGGGUAGUUCCGUGCCGAAAUCCUCUCACAGGAAUACAGAACGUAAAGAGGAUGGUUCUACAAAUACGAACGAGUCGAAGUUUGGCAACUCGAGGUACGACGCCGAUAAAAUGUUAGGUUAUUCACGGACGGAAGAGGAUUUACCUAUUUUGGAUUUGGAGAACGAGGUGCUGGCGAGGACCUUGAAGGAUUACAACGCUUAUAUGACGUCGAGCUUGAAGUUAUCGAUGGUACCCAGGCGGGACGAAAUCGAGCAUAGGAAAACUGGCGGAUCGCAUUUUCAUGGGAAACCCAUAAUCGACGGAGUAGAGUUCGAUAGGUUGGGCGGAAAGAAGAGCACGGAAACGAUGAGCAGCACCGUGGCGUACGAGGACGAUACGAGAGGGGAUUUAUCAUGCAUAAACGGGACGUUCGUGCCGGCACCCCUUGCCCGCCAUGCACUGAUCAAAUAUGUAAAAUCGUCGAUACCAGGCCACGAAUAUUUGGAGGCAGAUUACGAGUGUGCUCCAGGGUACUACAUGGUGAGCACAAUAACUAGACUACUUUGCAGAAAUCGUCAAUGGGUAGGGCAACUUCCAAAGUGCAAGAUCAAAGCGAAUUUUGAAGGUGUGUGUAUCGACGCUUCUUGCGACCAUGUUUGCAAAGAAGUCGAUGGCAGGCCAGUAUGUUCCUGUUACAAGGGUUUCCGGUUGGAAGAUGAUAAAUGUAUCGAUGUGAACGAAUGCAAGGAUAACAAGGGAGGUUGUGAACAUAAAUGCGUGAACACGCCGGGAUCCUUUCGUUGUGAGUGUCCGAAAGGGAUGAAACUAGACGAAGACAGGUUCACAUGCAAGGACAUUAACGAGUGUCUGUUGAACAACGGACACGGGCCGUGUCAGGAUACGUGUCGGAACACCAUAGGCGGCUAUGAAUGUUCCUGCGAUGGUCUACAGGAUACUGUUCUGUCAGCCGACAACCACACGUGUCAGGACGCAGGUCCCUGUAGCGUCAACAAUGCCGGAUGCUCCCACACCUGUCUCUCCACGAUGGGACGAGUAUUUUGUCUCUGCCCUGAUGGUUUCAUCCUAGAGGACGAUUGGAAGACCUGUCAAGACGUGGACGAGUGCGCCCAACCAGAUUUGCAAACGGAAAUGUGCCGGUACGGUUGCAUCAACACGCCAGGAUCUUAUCGAUGCGCCGAACCAAUGGAGUUGAAGGAUCAACCGAUACUGGACAGCUUGUCGAUCACAUGCCUGCCAGGCUACGAGGCCACCCCCGAUGGAACUUGUAUCGAUAUCAAUGAGUGUACGGUCGACAAUGGUGGAUGCAUGGAAGUUUGCGAGAACACAGACGGAAGCUUCUUCUGCGCUUGCGACGGUGACGAGAAAGCUCUGUCAUCGGAUGGCAAAUCCUGCGUGGAUAUAAAUAACGUGUCCUGUCCACCGUUGAAUCCAGAGGGCCGAGGAUAUUUAAUGUGUUCACGUUUGGCAACGCCAAAGCCAUGGAGAGGUAGACGAAGAGUAGCCAAUAGACCAGGUACCAAGUGUUUCUUGAAGUGUCCCCAUGGGUAUCAGCUUCAUGGAGAAUAUGAAUUGACUUGUCGAUCGGAUGGUUCAUGGGAUGGGCCGAAACACGGCGAGUGCGUCAGAUACAGCAAACCUCGUUUAGAAUGUCCGAAAGAUGUGAUCGCGGAACUACCGCCCGGACGAGACGAGGCCUUUGUGACUUUCGAUCAGCCGUCGACGGAUCUCGAUUGGUUCCGAUAUGUUAGGUCGAAACCCUCCUGGGGGACCAGGCUAGAAGCGAAUCUAACACCCGGCAUGCACGAGAUCACGUUUUUUGCGAGACACCCGGUAUCGAAGAAACAGGCCAGCUGCGUGUUACGCAUCAUUGUCAAAGGCGGUGAAGCGCCAAAAGUUAAAGACUGUCCCAACGACAUAGAGGUCACCGGAAGAAAUGGGACGGCAAUCACGUGGACCGAGCCAAUUUUUACGGACAAUGUGAAGGUGACCCGGAUUAGGAGCAACGAGAGUCCAGGCCGGCGUUUCGACGUCGGUGGUCAUAGAGUAGAGUACGAGGCGAGCGAUGAAGCAGGUUGGUCAAGCAAGUGCGUGUUCACCGUGGUCCUACGUCAGGAGUGAGUCGCGAAUUCUUUAGCGAUCAAGUAAGCGCGAGAACGAGGAAGGAGGGGGAGGAACGACGGAGAAAAAGGAAUCCAGGUGAAAGGGGGGCAAAGGUAGCGGACCGGAAGAAUAACGAUAAGGUAAUAUAAAUGGAAAUGCUCUGGACUCGUGCAACGUUCCCUCCGCGUGCGUAAUGGAUUCCGUUUUAUCCGGAAGGUUAAACGCGGAUGAGACACGGAUAUCUUCUCGUGGUACUCGUUGAUACACACGCGAGUGCGUGUACACGGAGAUGGAAAUCUCUUGGUUUGAAUACUGAAAAGGGCUUGUUGGAAAUCGUCCUUUUGAAUGGAAUUCAAAGAUAAUUUAAUUUUGGAGAAUGUUUCGAGAAAUGUUUCUCUCUUGUCUUUUUUUCACUGAGCUUGGAAAAGAGCUCUUACGCUUGCUCUUACUUUACAUUUGCCGAUGAUAGUUCAAAAAACAAUAUAAUGGGUAUUGUUCUCUUAAACUUUAUUUAGUUUAGUGUUCCAAAUUCAUUUUCGGGAAAUUGAUAAUUAUUAUACUUCUCAUUGUUUGAUAUUCUAUGUCGCAUAAUUUGUGCGUUGUUAUUUUUAUUCUAGUGUAUCAUUAAUAAUAGAAUUGAAGUCAUUUCUUAAUUACGUAAAAAGUGGAAAUUUGCCUUGAGAUUUUUAUACGAAAUACUUCAUGUAUACGUAUGUACUAUAAUUUGUAUUUAAUUGAUCUGUUAAACUUCAUCUAGUUUAAUUUAGCUUCAAAUUCAUCCGUAGAAAAUUGGUGAUUAUUAUCCUUCUUCUUAUUUGAUAUUCUAAAUGGUAUAACAUUUACGUUGUUACCUUUAUUACAGUAUACCAAUAAUAAUAAAUUCGAGAUCAUUUCUUAAUCUCCUAAAGAAUGGGAUUUUUACUUUGAGAUUUUUGUACGAAAUACUUUAUGUAUACAUAUACAUAUACGUGCUAUAACCUGCAUUCAAACAAGAGAAUCUCUAACAACAACUCAUUUUUGUAAUUAUCGCUACAUAUAUACACGCAACAUGUAGUAUUCGAGGUAUUCCAUUCGAGUAAGAUGUCUCGUCGAUCAUCACGAUUGACUUUUCACGGUUCGGAACGAUCCACAGGUUUCCCCAUUGCACUCUCGUCUUUUCUUUCUCGCGUUUCUUUCACGUUCCGAUCUAUCGUGGCCCGCACACGGUGUACCCUGCAGCAAAUCGUCUAGAAUCUAGGCCCUAGAUCAAUCCUUCGACCUCCACCAGGAGGCUCGAUUCACUUAUUACAUACCACGAUCACGAUUACGAUCACGAUCGACACACCAUCUAGGAGAUCUAGAAAUUCGAGGAAAUACGCAAGCCACUCUCCUCGUUGCUACUUGUCGGUUCGAACAAAAUUACAAGUGAUGGUUGCGUGACUAGCAUACGCGAUAAACCAAGGACAAAAGGGAAAAGAAGAAGGAAAAAGCGGGGAUAUUAUUUCGAAUGGCACCGACGGUUAAUCGUGAUGAAAUUUGGCGGAUAUUAUUGGACAAGAUAGUAAAUAUGAAAUAUAAAAUCCUAACUCCGAGAAAUCAUAUGUACAAAAAGUAUUAGCACGUUUCCUUAUUUGCCAAUAAAGCGUUUUUUAUCAAUUGCUUACUUUAUCAUCUUACUUUCAUAACAUCAAAUUUUUAUGGUCGUAUGAAAGUAAAUGAUACGAAAUUUAAUAUAUUUGCGUUAACUAAUUAGUACGUAAGUGUUGUAAUAAAUACAGUGGUAUGCUAAUAGUUUUUGUAGCCACUGUAAUUGAUCUAGUGACAACAUUUUCGCCACAAAAACACUCAAUUCCAAGCCAAACAUAUACCGACAUCUCUUCUCAAAAGAAACUGGCCGUUUUUCCUUUCACCUAUUGAGCAUUUUUUACUUUAAUGAUAUAUUUAUUCCUCAUUCAUGCUUACAUCGUUAUACUGAUCACCCAACAUUGCGUCUAUAGCAGCGAAGAUCUAUUACAUAUAAGGACAUGUAUCUUCCGAACGUCUAGUUUCUCAAAGCUAGGAUUUUAUAUUUCAGAUCUAAUAUCUCACCCCGUGUUAUCCACCAAAUCUCAUCCCGAUCGGUUAUCGGUGCCUUUCGGAAGUACAACCAAGAGCGGAACAAAGGGCGAUUUAUCGGCGGUCCGUAGAUCCGUAGACGGCAAAGAGUAGGGAAAUCUAUCGGGAGUUCUAUGCAAAUCUGGAAUCGGGCGUGCGUUGUCGUUGGUCGAACGAGUUUCGCCGAUUACCAGGACCUGGUCGAAACACGCAUUGCAGCGGACGCGGCGAUUUUACGUUCGUUUCUUUUCACGGGACAACGAUCGCGAAUUUGUCGAACGAAACGAGGUUCGAUCCGCAUACAACGAAACUCGAGUUGACCCUCCACCUCUCCCCGUUUCGGCCUCACGCGGAGUUUCCGUGUUAAUCGUCGAUCGUCGAUUAAAAUUUCGCCAGGGACGGACAAUGUCCGUGCCGGUUAAACGAAGCCGGUCGCGAUUAAUUUUGAAAUUGGACGCUUCGUCGAGUGUGUUUUCACGCGGCUUGCAGCUGACAAGCCGGAACAACGAUAGUUUUAAUCCCGUUCAGCAAAGAGAGAGAGAAAGAGAGAGAGUGUGUGUUAAAGGGCGGUCUUCGGCUGGUCACUCGCACGCCGAUCGGAAAACGAAACGGAUUUAUGGAAAUUGCAAAGUUCCCAGGUUACGUCAAAGCCCGUCGAAUCGAGUGUGCGCGAAUUAUGUGUUCUAUUGGACCGAGAACCGCGAUUAACGGAUAAAACGAAACGUCUUUUAAUCAGUUCCCGCGGCCAUGCUUUACGUUUCGGUUGGAAUAUUUUUGAACGUUAUGGUUCGCAUCUUGUUUCGUACGUUUCUAGUUUUCAAUCAACUACGAUCCCUGACAGAAUGGUUUUGAUUAAACGCAAUAAUAUCAUAUAUUUAUUGUAAAACUGAGAAAGAUAUCGAGACUUUGAUGUGAAAAAUUAAAUAAAAUUAUUAUAUAUAUCUAUUUUGUUCACUUCCGUUUCUUAAUACUAAUAGCAUAAAUAAAAAUGUGUGCUCUGUUAAGCGAUCCUUACUUUCUCUUUUGUUUUAAGAACAUGUAUCUGAUUUGAUUUUGUUUCAAGAACAUUUUAUAUUCGUAAAACGUAAAUAUUUUUAGUCAAUCUCGUAUUAUUACGUUUGAUCAAUAAUAUUUUGCUAUGGGAUUGCAUAUUUGUAUUUUAUUUCUAACUUCAUAGUACAUUCAUUUUUCAUUUAAGCACUUUAUCGGAGAAUAAGUUAUUCAUUCUUUUUACUGAUUUACAAAGUAUUUUUGUUCCGCGCAGACUGUGACUACGUGUAAUUUCAAUUUUCCAAUUUUUAAAAUAUUUGUAAUUAUUAGUUACACUCUGCACAUGACUUUUAAUAUUUUCAUUUUUAAAAGCACUCAGUUUUCCAGGAUUAAUAUUGUUUAAUUCAAUCUCACAAAUAUGUUUCUACAAUUCUUUAAAACCCAUAUUUUCCAUUAGUACGUAAAGUUUCUGUUGAGCGACCGUAAAAUAAACAUAGUUGUGAUUUUUCGUUAUCUUUCUCGAAUACCAUGAUAUUUAAUUUUAUUAUUGCAAAGACGUCGAGGGGAUUCGUAUUUGCAUCGCUAUUUGUUUGUACGAUCUUUUUCUGGUAUGUUGUUCGUAAUACCUAUACGUAACAUGCACUACUUUGUCACAAAUUGUUAUAUAAAUUACAUGUUAUAUAUUUUUUUAUAAAUUAAUAUUAUACUUUCA